CUGCUAGCCUAUUUGCAUUGACAGGAUACACCAUGCUGUUUUUCUACUCACCGUACGUCAUACAAACUUCUUCUAUUGAUAACAUAUGCUAUAAGACGGUGUUCUUUUUCGUGGUCUGCGCUGGCAUAAUCUUGAGGAUUUUAGCAGUUACUAGAGCAGAUAUGUUCCUGACCUCUUUGAAACUGAUAGAAGACAUCGACAUCCAUUUGAGGAAUAGAGGCAUCUCUGUAGACUGCAAGAGUUGCCGAUUUAUAUUUCUCUUGUACGCAUCAAUACCCUUUGGUUGUGUGGUAGUGUUCAUUUGCUAUUAUUUCUCGGACACAACAAGUGAAGAAGACAACAUCUAUGAAAUUGUACACAUGACCUUCAGCUUUGCAAUAUCUUAUGUAACUAUUGCAUCACAAGUGUUCUAUUUGGGAAUGGUUGCAAUUAUAUUAACGGACAGAAUGCAACAUUUGAGCUAUUAUCUAGACAAACUAAAUACCUUGGAGAAUACAAAGAUUAUAGAACAAGAGGUCAUAACAGUUUCACAGCUUCAUUUGAAAGUGUGUCAAUCUUGGAACUUUAGUUUAAAGGCACACGGCCUAUCUAUGGUGUGUAUUAUGCUAAUGGUAUAUGCAUACAGCCUCGUAGCAUUUUCUGUUGUUAUGGGAUUUAUCAUACCAAAACUGAGUAAAAUUUCCUUUUUACCAGCCUUAACAUUGUUGACAACGAUGCCUUAUAUUGUCAUGGUGUUUCAAAAGUUGCAAAAUAGUGCAGAUGAAUUCAAAUCACAUGUUGUUCAAUUGUGCUUGGCAAGAAAUGCUGAAAGGAAUGUUAACUUGACAUGUCGAACACUACUUCUUCAAAUCGAGCAUGUCGAUAUCGAUCUAUUGGUUUUUGGCAUCAUGAGAUUGGAUCCACAAUCAUACCUCGAGGGAUUGAAAUCAAUGUCUACAAUAAUUAUGUUCUUGGUGCAAAUAAAAAACACGUAAUAAUUUCAUAUUCAGCAAUACUUGAUAUUAAACAAACUACGGAAACACUCAUCAGAUUUUGAGAAGGGUUGCUUCUCCACUUUUUUUCGAUCCACACUACGUAUGUAUAUCGUUUUUUUAAGCUCACUCACAACUUUUUUGUUAUUGAUUAUCUGGUAAAUGCUCGAUUCUUCUUUCACAGGAAUUUCCUUUUAUAAUAGCCUGUGUAAAUGGGAUUUGCCACUACUUUUUCCAUUAAUCUUUUUAUUUCAUGUUGGUUGGUCAGAUUAGAAGAACCAACUUCUAUCUUAUGGAGUAUUCUCACUGAACAAUAAAACUUGUCCAAUAAAAUAAUAAUGAUCCACUGUUUUCUUUAUAAAUAUACCUAAAAUUUCUUUCCGGCCUUAAUUUUUCUAAAUCAAUUAAUUCGAAAUAAUCUAGUAGCCAUGAAAAUUUUGAGUUCAUACUUGUUUUUAAAAUGGAAAUGAUCUCGUUUAUUUCUAGAAAAAUCGAUUUAGGUAUUAUUGAUUUUUAAUUGAGUUCAAUCAAUUUAUGUCAUAAUUUGAAAAUUCUUAAUUUUCACUCGAUUCUGAAAUA